AUGACUGAAUACACAGUGCCAGAAGUGACCUGUGUCGCACGCGCGCGCAUACCGACGGUACAGGGCACCGAUGUCUUCCUCCAUCUAUACCACAACUCGAUCGACAGCAAGGAACACCUAGCGAUUGUCUUCGGCGAGAACAUACGCUCGCGGAGUCUGUUCCGGUACCGGAAAGACGACACGCAGCAGGCGCGGAUGGUGCGGGGCGCCUACGUGGGCCAGCUGUACCCCGGGCGGACCGAGGCAGACGCGGAUCGGCGUCAGGGCCUGGAGCUGCGGUUUGAUGAGACAGGGCAGCUGGUGGUGGAGCGGGCGACGACGUGGACCAGGGAGCCGACACUGGUGCGGCUGCACUCGGAGUGUUACACGGGCGAGACGGCGUGGAGCGCGCGGUGCGACUGCGGGGAGCAGUUCGACCAGGCGGGUAAGCUGAUGGCUGCGGCGACAGAGGGCGAGGUGGUUGGCGGUGCGGGGCACGGCGUGAUCGUGUACCUGCGGCAGGAGGGCCGCGGCAUCGGGCUAGGCGAGAAGCUGAAGGCGUACAACCUGCAGGACCUGGGCGCGGACACGGUGCAGGCGAACGAGCUGCUCAACCACCCUGCGGACGCGCGCGACUUCUCGUUGGGGCGCGCAAUCCUACUGGACCUCGGUAUCGAGGACAUCCGGUUGCUCACGAAUAACCCCGACAAGGUGCAGCAGGUGCACUGUCCGCCGGCGCUACGCUGCAUCGAGCGGGUGCCCAUGGUGCCGCUUUCAUGGACUCAGCCCACACAGGGCGUGCGCUCGCGCGAGCUGGACGGCUACCUGCGCGCCAAGGUCGAGCGCAUGGGGCACAUGCUGCAGCGGCCGCUGGUGCUGCACACGUCUGCGGCGGCCGAGCUCCCCCGCGCCAACACACACAUAUAA